AUGUGUAUGGAAAGAAUUCCAAAGAAAGAGUUGCACGGUCAAUGUCCAGUUGUGACAUUUCCAAAUAAGGCAGCACUUAAUCAGUUUGAAGCACAAUCAAAAACAAGGCCAGUACCACCACCAAAUCCUGGUCCAUGGAAUCCUCAUCAGCAUCCACAUCCUCCCAGAAUGAUGAUGGGUCCUCCACAAGGAAUGAGGCCUAGGAUGCCACCUCCUGAAAUCCCACCACCAGGUCCUGGACAACGAAUGCCCGGCCUGCCCAUAGGGCACGGAGGACCUCAGGCACAUGGUCACCCACAAGAACCACCAUCACAAGGACAUCCACCACCAGGUUUCGAGCAUGGCAACUGGAAUGGACCUCGAGCUAAUGGCCCUCCACUUCAAGGACCUCAUCCACAGGGCCCACAACAGAGACCUCACCACCUGGGAUGCAGCCAUUCCAAGGUCCUCCUCCAGGACAAGAGGGAGGAGAGACUACCUGGGCAGUUACGACCGGGUGUAGAGCUGCUGCAGCAGCAGCAGCAGUGUCCCUGGGAAGUGUGUCGGAAUGGCGGCCGCCGGCCACGACCGACACACCCAAAAGGUGCAGACGUUUCGCAGGCAGAAGUGGCUCCCGAGGACGCGCUCCGCGUUGCGAAACGAGCGCAGGCGGGCGUCACGGGAAGCCGACCGCGCGCGCCCGCCGGGCCUCGCCCCGCCGCUGUAAAACGGCUGCCCGCUCGUAAAGGCCGUAAUUGGUUUUUAGAAGUUGGCCAUUGUGCUCGCGGCAAGGCGCGCCGCGCCGCCGAAACGACGUUUAUUUAG